AUGAGGCUCCCGCUGCUGUUCUGCUUGGCCGCGCUGGCCACCAGCAGCUUCUCCACGGAGCCAGAGACAGCACUCACCCUGGAGGUCUCCAUCACCUACCGAGUCCUGGAGGUCUUCCCCCAAGGCCGCCGCGUGGUCAUCACCUGCCACUCGCAGAUGCCCCCGCCCGUCACCUACUCCCUCUGGGGGAGCCGGGACAUUGAAGUUUCCCAGAAGGUGGUGAGAACCCGUGACCCUGUCUCCUUCCACAUCAACGUCACGCUCAAGUCCAGGCCAGACCUGCUCACCUACACCUGCCAGGCCAGCACCACCGGGGGCCUGCGCCAGGCCAGCACCACGCUGCAGAUGUACUGGGAGCUGUGGGCCAAGCCUGUGUCCCAGCUGCAAACUGGCCUCACCCUGCUGGACAGAGGGGCAGGCCCAAGGUUGGAGAUGUCCUGCCAGGCAGCCUCGGGCAGCCCACCCAUCACCUACAGCCUGGUCGGGAAGGACGGGCACGUCCACAUGCGGCAGACGCCGCCGUACGGGCAGCCCGCCAACUUCUCUGUCCUGCUGACCCAGUCACCGGCCUGGCUGCAGUGCCAGGCCCAAAAUGGCGUCGGGGUCCAGAGCAGCCCCCUCACGCUGGUGCCCCCAGGCCAGCUGCCCAGGGCCGCCACCUUCGUGCUGGCUGCCAGCCUCACCUCCAUCGCAGCCAUCACCUCUGGGAUGCUGGGCUGGACCGCGCGGAGCAGGUUGUGACCAGCAGGUGCAGGCUCAGCAGAGCCCCCACGAGCCCCAUCCUGGCCGGACAGGAGGAGCCCCUGGGAAUGAAGAACAACCGCCAGCCCGGCCGGGCUGCUCUGCAGCGAGGAU